UAGGUUCUACUAUGUACUGUAUAUAUCACGGCACUACCACUCUUUUUGUUCUAUCUAUCUAAAAUAGAGUACUCUAUCCUCAUUCCUCUCAUAUGCGGUUGUUCCAUCAAUAUAUCCAAAAGUUAGGUUUUGAUACUAUUUUUUGUUAAACGGACAAAGAAGAAAAGACUAAGAAGAUAUCAUAAACAGCAUCAAAUUGAACUUCCUCGGGGUCAAAUAUUAUAAAUACGUACACGCACACACUCACAAGCAAUACUAGCAAAUUAUAGCAUCAUCUUCAAUAUGACAACAAAAUAUGAAGUUGUUGUUGUUAUUGUGCCAUUUCCAGCUCAAGGUCACCUCAAUCAGCUCCUUCAUCUCUCUUCUCUCAUUUCUUCUUACAAUAUUCCAGUACAUUAUGUUAGUACAAAAACUCAUACUCGUCAAGCCAAAAUUCGAGCUUAUGGUUUAUCUAAUUCCAAUAAUAUUCAUUUCCAUGAAUUUUCAACACCUUCAUUUCAAUCACCUCCACCAAACCCUAAUUCCAAUAUCAAAUUUCCUUCACACCUUCAACCUUCAUUUGAAUCAUCGUAUCAUCUUAGAAACCCUGUGUCUUCACUUCUACGAUCUUUAUCGUCAACAGCACGUCGAGUUGUUGUUGUUCAUGAUUCUUUAAUGGCUUAUGUUGUUCAAGAUUUCACUUCAUUACCAAAUGCUGAGUCCUAUAACUUUCAUAGUGUAUCCGCUUUUACUAUCUUCUUGUUUCUAUGGGAAGCUAUGGGAAAGCCUUUCCCUAUUGAGGCUGAAAUGCUAGAAAACCUACCAUCUCUUGAAGGUUGUUUCACGUCAGAGUUCAUGGAUUUCAUGGCUGCUCAAAGGAAAUACUCAAAACCUGAUUCUGGAAAUAUUUACAACACAAGCAGAGUUAUCGAAGGAAAAUUUAUUAAUUUACUUGAAAAAGAACCAAUAAAAAGAAACAAGAGACAAUGGGCUAUAGGUCCAUUCAAUCCAGUGAUGACUACUCGUUAUUCAAGCAACAAUUUAUCAAUCUGUCAACGUCACAAAUGUUUGGUAUGGCUUGAUAAACAAUCUCCAAAAUCAGUCAUCUUUAUUUCAUUUGGAACAACAACUUCACUAAAAGAUGAACAAAUCAAAGAGCUUUGUAUAGGGUUAGAAGAAAGUGGCAUAAAGUUCAUUUGGGCAUUGAGAGAUGCUGAUAAAGGAGAUAUUUUCUCAGGAGAAGUGAGAAAAAUUGAACUUCCAAAAGUGUAUGAAGAGAGGAUAAUAAUAAAAAAUAAGGGAAUUAUAAUAAGAGAUUGGGCACCACAAUUGGAGAUUUUAGGACAUUUAUCAAUUGGUGCAUUUAUGAGCCAUUGUGGAUGGAAUUCAUGCAUGGAAAGUUUAUCUAUGGGAGUUCCUAUUAUUGCAUGGCCCAUGCAUUCUGACCAACCAAGAAAUAGCGUUUUAAUAACCAAGUUUUUAAGAGUUGGAAUUAUUGUGAAUAAUUGGGAACGUAGAAAUGAAGUGGUGAAAUCACAUAUUAUUAAAAAAGUAAUUGUGACACUUAUGGUGAAUAAUGCACGAAAUGAAAUUCGUCGGAGAGCGGCGGAAUUAGGAGUGGCUAUUCGGAGAUCGGUGGUGGAAGGCGGCCAGACGAGGAAGGAAUUGGAGUCUUUCAUUGCUCAUAUCACUAGAUAAACAUAAUGUGGCAAAUAGGCGGAUUGGAUCAAAUUAAAGCAGCUAAUGGAUUAUGACCUCAUAUAGAGGUUGUUUGUGUCAAAUACCGAGUUAUGAUUCAACCCGUCUAAGAUGUCUCAAUCUCAUCUCCUUUUUUUAUGUAUUUUGCUUUUUGAAAAGAAUAAAAUGAGAAGUGAAAGCUAAUGUAAUUUUUGGCUUACGUUCCUCAAAUUUGCAUAAUUCGCAA